AUGGCUACUCCAUCAUGCUUAAGUGUUUUUCUUCUCUUACUUGUUGCAUUUCAAUCCGCCAUGAUGAACGCCAACACUGUUCUUCCUCCACCUCGCUGCAGGCCAGUACUGGCUUCUACAAGAGAAAAGUUCGAAUUCGCUUCGAACUUGCACAUUCUUAAAGCAGAACUUUUUUUGCGUUCUUCAGUUGGUCGUGGAAUCAACGAUAUAUCACCAGGUCUGGUCCAAGGUCCCGCACCCAUCGGAGCUGCCGUUGCUGAUCUCGAUAACGACACCAGAAAGAUUAUAGAGGAACUUGGUUUAGCUAGCGUCGGACAUAUCAGGGCUAUCGUAAACUUGACAUCACUAGAGGCUCCACUUCGAAGGCCGCUGUUGAAUUUUAGCGCACAAGUAUUUUCCGGAUUUUUCGACGUUUUAAAUGUCACUUUGGAUCCUCCAUUCAAUUUUUACGCCAACACAAACAGCUUUCUUUUCGCAGCUGUUUAUUUUUCUUAUCUUUUAAAACAAUAUUACGCUGGGAUUAUGUCUUCGAUUGUCGGCAACACUGAACGAGAGUUGGCGGCUGGAAUCGGGCUCUACGAGGCUGCAUCAUAUGGUGCUCUGCGAUCGCAACUCUACGACAGGGCUAACUCAACAGUGCAGCCUUAUCCAUUCACAGUGGAGAAUGUUUCCAACCUCACUGCACAAAUUGGGAACCAACUAGGGGGCUGCGGAGUGAAAGACGAAGGUUUGAUUGUGCCGCCACCACUCGGAGCUGAGGGUCGAACUACCACUAACGUCAUAGCGGCAGAUGUCAACUCGCUUGCAUAUAAACGGACUGAACGGGAAAUCUUGAGGAUCGUGUUUACAACUGGCAACGCCACCAGGCCCGGUGGAGCUUAUCCGCGUGGUUUCGCGGGGACGCUUUAUCAACGGAUUCUUGCCCUGAACCAAAGCUAACAGCUUUGAAGCAUAGGGGAUCAUGAAUGCUAGCUUUUAUAAUAUCUGCUUGCCAAGUCAUACGUAGACGAAAAAUAAAAUGGAGAGACUUAUAGUAAUAAGUCACCUUCUAGUUUGGAAAU